CAGAAAUCCUUAAAGCGCUCAAAAAAUAUAAAAUUUAAACAAAAGUUUAAUAUCUACAGUUCCGUGACAACUGGGGAAACUACUGAGCCUGUGUGUUAUGGUCGGAAGCUCCCUAACAGCUACGAAAGGAACCUUGUGGCUCUUUCUUUCAUCUCAUUCACGCCAAGCUGAAGCCUUGCUGAGCCUUUACCUGGGGGAGAAUGGAGAAGCCAAGGGACUAUAAAGCCUGGACCUCCACACGGGGAGCCAUGUGAGCGGUACCCCUCCACCCACUUCACAGUACAGAAGUCCCCCAACUGUCUGCACUCUGAGCUGGGGAGCACAACCAGGAUUUUUUCCCUCCCCUCCUCUCCCUGGAACCUCCACUUUCAGGGCUUGCGUGGAGAGACUCUCCAGGGCUUGGCGUACCCCAGUGGGAGACACUCAUCUCUUGGGCACUGGUUGGGGUGUGAGUGCCCCCUGGUCUGGAGGCCAGCCAGCAGCACUCCAGCACCAUGGAUUACCUGUUUGGGAUUGUAGUGCUGCUGUGCGGGGCGGUGCAGCCAGGAAAAGGUGUUGAGCCCAAGCACAACGUACCCAGGCUAAAACUGUCAUACAAGGAGAUGUUAGAGUCCAGUAACCUCAUCACCUUCAACGGCCUGGCCAACAGCUCGAGCUACGACACUUUCCUUCUGGAUGAGGAACGAGGGAGACUGCUGGUCGGAGCAGAGGACCACAUCUUCUCAUUUGACCUCGUCAACAUCAACAGAGACAACAAGCAGAUUGCGUGGCCUGCUACCCCCUCUAAAAGGGAUGAAUGCAAGUGGGCAGGGAAAGACUUUGGGAAAGAGUGUAAUAACUUCAUCCGGGUCCUCCAACCCUACAACCAGACCCACUUGUACAUCUGUGGCACAGGAGCCUUCCACCCCAUCUGCGCCUUUCUGGAAAUGGGCAAGAAGGCAGAGGAGAACAUCUUUCGUCUGGCCUCACAUUUCGAGAACGGCCGCGGGAAAAGCCCCUACGACCCCAAAAUGCUCUCAGCCUCACUUCUGAUCGAUGGAGAGCUGUACUCCGGCACAUCUGCUGAUUUCAUGGGAAGGGACUUCGCUAUUUUCCGUACCCUGGGAGACCAUCAUCCAAUCAGAACAGAGCAGCAUGAUUCAAGAUGGCUGAAUGACCCCCGGUUUAUCGGUGUAAGCUUGAUCCCAGAAAGUGACAACCCUGAAGACGACAAGAUCUUCCUGUUUUUCAAAGAGAACGCCAUGGACGGAGAGCACACUGGCAAGGCUACCAUCGCCAGGAUAGGACAACUGUGUAAGAACGACAUGGGAGGUCACAGGAGUCUGGUGAACAAGUGGACCACUUUCCUCAAGGCCCGGCUAAUGUGUUCAGUGCCCGGGGUGAACGGCAUUGAUACACACUUUGAUGAGCUACAGGAUGUGUUUCUCAUGAGCUCCAAGGACCCAAAGAAUCCAGUUAUCUACGCUGUAUUCACCACGUCCAGUAACAUCUUUAAAGGCUCAGCGGUGUGUAUGUACAACAUGGCAGACAUCAGGAGGGUUUUCCUGGGUCCCUACGCCCACAGAGAUGGACCCAACUACCAGUGGGUGCCUUUCCAAGGGAGAGUGCCCUAUCCCCGCCCUGGCACUUGCCCCAGUAAGACAUUUGGAGGAUUCGACUCUACAAAGGACCUGCCUGACGAUGUCAUCACAUUUGCCAGGGGUCACCCAGCCAUGUACAACCCAGUGCACCCGAUAGGGGGGCGUCCCAUCAUGGUGCGGACAGACGUAGACUACCAGUUCUCCCAGCUUGUGGUGGACAGAGUGGAGGCAGAGGAUGGACAGUAUGAUGUCAUGUUCAUUGGAACAGACAUGGGCACAGUGCUGAAGGUAGUGACGAUCCCCAGAGAGAGCUGGCAUGACCUGGAAGAGGUGGUGCUGGAAGAGAUGACUGUUUUUAGGGAGCCUACUCCCAUUACUGCUAUGGAGCUGUCCACCAAGCAGCAACAGCUGUACCUUGGCUCAGCGCUGGGCGUAUCGCAGAUGUCUUUACAUCGCUGUGAGGUGUAUGGGAAAGCUUGCGCUGAGUGCUGCCUGGCCAGAGACCCUUACUGCGCCUGGGACGGCACCGAGUGCUCGAGAUAUUUUCCUACCGCCAAGAGGCGGACCAGAAGACAGGACAUCAGAAACGGAGACCCUCUCUCCCAGUGCUCAGAUCUUCAGCAUCAUGAAGACACGGACGGCGCAGGAGGCAGUGUGGAGGACAGGAGUGUGUAUGGCGUGGAGAACAGCAGCAUGUUCCUGGAGUGCAGCCCCAAGUCUCAGAGAGCGCUCAUUUACUGGCAGCUACAGAAGCCCAACGACGAUCUCAAGCACGAGAUCAAGCUAGAUGACAGGGUGGUCCGCACAGACCAGGGUUUGCUCAUACGCAGUCUGACCCAGUCUGACACAGGGGUCUACCACUGCCAGGCUGUCGAACACGGGUUUAUCCAGCCCCUACUGCGUCUCAACCUCCAGGUCAUCCCCACACAGAGACUGGGUGACAUCCUACCUGCUCUUUCUGGUGCAGGAGGCGGGGUGGGCCACUCUCCCAAGCACAGGCUGUGGUAUCGAGAUUUCCUGUCUCUCCUGGACCACCCAGACCUCAACAGCGUGGAGGAGUUUUGCGAUCGAGUUUGGAAGAAAGAGCGCAAACAGAAGAGGGUGAAGACGCCCAAUGACAACAGUCAGGGUAAACCUGACAGCACCGGCAGUACUAACACCGCAUUACGGCCCAAAGCUCCCCACACCCAGAAGCAGCAAGCCAGUCCACCACAGAGCAGGCCAUGGCUCCAGGCAGGAGCUCCAACAGUGGAAGGGCCAGCACGGAGCCAGAAUACUCAGAAAGGUCAACCAAAUCUGGGUAUGUUGAGUAGCCAGGCACCUAAGAACAACCAGAAUCUGCAAAACAGCCAAAAGGGCCAGGGCAGCGUGGCCGCUUCUCAAGCGGUGACGGGGUCUCGUGCGGGCAGCCAACACGCGGCCAAGUGGAGACGGAUGCAAGAAAACAAGAAGGGACGCAACAGGAGGACCCAUGAGCUUCAAAGACCCCCACGUAGCGUUUGAGGGAGAAAAAAAAGCACAGAGAUGCACACAUGCAACCAGAUCUACACACACAAGCACAAACCCAUGCAUCCACACAUAUACACACAAGCACAUUCUAUAGAUUGUGUAUCCAAUGUAUGAUUCAGUGACCUCGCCAUGAGAACAGCAGAACAAAUGCCCAUUAACACACAACACACACUUAUAGGUAGACACACAUGAACUGCACUCGUGUAACAACAAUAAAGCUCUCAUUCAAAGACAAAUACACCUGUGAAGAGGACAAAGAUGAACAGAGGACUGAAAAACUGGAUUGCAUACUGUAAAUGUGCGAGAAUAUGGCUGGUUGCCUGGGAAUACUGCCUGGCGGACACUUCAACCUCCUGUACAUAAGUUACUAAAAUAAGAGUGGGACAAAAAUGUCUUGCGAGGUGUUUGUUGCAGAUGGACUUAAUAUGCUGAGAGGACAGUUGUGGGGACAUUAAUAGAUACACAGACAUUUAUGGAAGCAGAAAUUAUGCAUUCACUGCAGCCUGCUGCCCUCUUUGACCUGAGCAUGUGAACUGCAAGAUAGUGUACAUGGAAUGGAAUUAAAAACUCUUAUUUUGAA